CGGAAACUUUAGAAUACCAUCCCAGGAUUUUGGGGAUAAAAUACCCAGAUAUUGAAUUAAAUGUGUACAAACAAAUUUGUGAAGUGAUAGUGGAUAUAAAAAAGAAAAACAUAUAUGUAAAAUACACUUUAAAUCGAAAAAAUAUGUACUUUAUGUAGUUCAAAUUUUCAAUUUCAAACGCAAAUAUCUCGAAUACUAUAAGUUUCCCGCGACUAUAUCUAUAUAUACUCUUGGUGUGGAGGACCUCCUCCUAUCCGCCCUUACCUAUUUUAUCCUUGAAUGCCUGGGACGGUUUCUAAGGGCGACCCUCAAUUUGAGACCGAGCGUAAUUGCUGCCAUGAAAAGAAUUUCGAAAUGAAAAGGAAUGCCAAAUUGUGUGGUGACCAACUGUUAGGAGCACCACGUGCAUUCGAGCACGAGCGCCACAACUCCCAUGUCAGCUGGUUCUACGUUGCCGAAAUUGACCCGGAUACUUUCGGCUAAGGGCUGUUAUUUCGGCUUUCUAACUCUGUUUGGAUCGGGAAGUCUUUGGUUUAGCACGAGCGGCACGGUUCCUUCGUCUUCGGUUUGGGCGACAUAAAGAGUUCUCACGUGAACAUAGUCUUAGGAUUGACAGUAGCGGUCUCUAGAAAAUAUUCUGGCAACACUAGUUUUAGCUGGAUAUAAAUUAAUAUAGCUGAUUAUUUGGCAAUAUUAGAUUUUGUUUGAUUUGUUAUAAUUUAAAAAAAAAAAAUUGGAGUUUACUUUUUUGUUAAAUCUCUAGCAGUUGUAUUGUUAACUUAAAAUAUGUCGGGCAUGGCUAACUUAUCAAUCGAAGAAAAAGAAGAACUUAUUGGGCAGGUCAAGCAGCAAAUUGCAGUGGCUAAUGCUCAAGAAUUGCUGACGAAAAUGACAGAAAAAUGCUUCAAAAAAUGUGUUGCUAAACCAGGUGUACAAUUGGAUUCCUCUGAACAGAAAUGUAUUUCAAUGUGCAUGGAUAGGUAUAUGGAUUCCUGGAAUUUGGUGUCACGCACCUACAGCAAUCGUUUGCAACGUGAACAGAAUAAGAUUUAGAAGUGUGCAAAUAGUAGUGUGUUCCACGAUCUGCAAUUUUACGUGUCAUGAAUCAUGAUUUUGUUUUAUAAACAAUAUUUUAGGCAAAAGCUAUUACUUUAUCCUAAACUAAAAAAUCAAUUUUUUGUUAUAUGAAUAAACUUUACAAAUACAUUAAAUACAACAACAAUUAAAA